CAGGAAGUGAGGUGGGGCGGGGGUUUAUGAGGAGGCCAAGGUAGCGUUAGGGCAGAUUUGCACUCAAGGCCGCCUGAGGGGCCUGGCGGUGGCGCUCAGCUCUGUCCCCUCCCCUCGCAGAGACACGAUUUUCGUUUGGGAGUAGGGAACUCUUGUGUGGAAGAGUGGGUUGUCGGGAGGACGUUCUCUGGCAGCGCUUGAAGCGAGGUGUGGAAAGCCAGGGCUGGGGGUGGGGCCGGGUCGCCAGGGCGUCUGAGAGGGAAGACCCCCCCGCCCCCACCCCCCCACCGCACAUCUACACUGGCUGACUGGACACUAAGAUGGCUGCCGUUGCCAUGACACCCAACCCUGUGCAGACCCUUCAGGAGGAGGCGGUGUGCGCCAUCUGCCUCGAUUACUUCACCGACCCCGUAUCCAUCGGCUGUGGGCACAACUUCUGCCGAGUGUGUGUAACCCAGUUGUGGGGCGGGGAGGAUGAGGAGGACAGGGAAGAGUUAGACCGGGAGGAGGAGGAGGACGGUGAAGAAGAGGAAGUGGAGGCUGUGGGAGCCGGCGGGGGGUGGGACACCCCUAUGCGAGAUGAAGACUACGAGGGCGACAUGGAGGAGGAGGUCGAGGAGGAAGAGGAGGGUGUUUUCUGGACCAGUGGCAUGGGCGGGUCCAAUUGGGACAACAUGGAUUACGUGUGGGAGGAGGAGGACGAGGAAGAAGACCUGGACUACUACUUUGAGGACAUGGAGGAGGACCUGGGGGGAGAGGAUGAAGAGGACGAGGAGGAAGUGCUGGAGGAGGACGAGGAAGAAGAGCUAGACCCCGUCACCCCACUGCCUCCGCCUCCAGCCCCUCGGAGGUGCUUCACCUGCCCGCAGUGCCGAAAGAGCUUUCCUCGGCGGAGCUUCCGCCCCAACUUGCAGCUGGCCAACAUGGUCCAGGUGAUUCGACAGAUGCACCCGACCCCCGGUCGAGGGAGCCGUGUGAAUGAGCAGGGCAUCUGUCCCAAACACCAAGAAGCCCUGAAACUCUUCUGUGAGGUGGACGAAGAGGCCAUCUGUGUGGUGUGUCGGGAGUCUAGGAGCCACAAACAGCACAGCGUGGUGCCUUUGGAGGAAGUGGUGCAGGAGUACAAGGCCAAACUACAGGGCCACGUGGAGCCUCUGAGGAAGCACCUGGAGGCUGUGCAGAAGAUGAAGGCCAAGGAGGAGAGGAGGGUGACAGAGCUGAAGAGCCAGAUGAAAUCAGAGCUGGCAGCUGUGGCUUCAGAGUUUGGGCGUCUGACACGGUUUCUGGCUGAAGAACAGGCAGGGUUGGAGCGGCGCCUCCGAGAAAUGCAUGAAGUCCAGCUGGGGCGUGCAGGUGCGGCAGCCAGCCGGCUUGCAGAGCAGGCUGCCCAGCUGAGCCGCCUGCUGACAGAAGCCCAGGAGCGGAGCCAGCAGGGGGGCCUGCGGUUGCUCCAGGACAUCAAGGAGACUUUCAAUAGGUGUGAAGAGGUACAGCGGCAGCCCCCAGAGGUCUGGUCCCCUGACCCGUGCCAACCCCAUAGCCAUGACUUCCUAACAGAUGCCAUCGUGAGGAAAAUGAGCCGGAUGUUCUGUCAGGCUGCGAGAGUGGACCUGACGUUGGACCCAGACACGGCUCACCCGGCCCUGAUGCUGUCUCCUGACCGCCGGGGGGUCCGCCUAGCAGAGCGGCGGCAAGAGGUUGCUGACCAUCCCAAGCGUUUCUCGGCUGACUGCUGCGUACUGGGGGCCCAGGGCUUCCGCUCUGGCCGGCACUACUGGGAGGAGCCUAAAGAACCCUCCUGGCCUCCAGCUCGGCCUUCUCUCACCUCUGUCUGUCCAACAGACCGGCCAGAAUUUAGCUUCAGUGAGAGAUCUGGAAUGGUCGCCAUGAUCGAAACUACAUACCAUUACAUCACCCAAUAAAUUAUUUUCUCCCCCUUCCCUUUGCCAGCACUUAACCUAGGAGCAAAGAAAGCUCUUUCCAUCUUACACCCCUCCAGGUGUUUUAACUGCCAGGCUCCUUUUCCCCCUUUUAUUCAAAUGGAGUUGGCUUUUCUGUUUCCAGCCGCUCCCCAUGCCUUUAGUUCCAUUUGGCAAGCCCUGAAGGGGAGCCUGGGGACAGGGGUUUGGGUCCCCAGGAGAGCUUGGGCAUAAUCUAUUUUUCUAAUAAUCCCUUGCCUUGUCACUUGUCAGCUUUUGUCCUCUGCUUUGAUGGCUGAGGUAAACUCAUGUUCUUGGGGAAAAGGGAAGGUGGGUUGUGUUGUGGAAUAAAAUGUUUAUUUGCUUCU